CCCUGGUGUGAUUCCGUCCUGCGCGGCUGUUCUCUGGAGCAGCGUUCUUUUAUCUCCGUCCGCCUUCUCUCCUACCUAAGUGCGUGCCGCCACCCGAUGGAAGAUUCGAUGGACAUGGACAUGAGCCCCCUGAGGCCCCAGAACUAUCUUUUCGGUUGUGAACUAAAGACCGACAAAGAUUAUCACUUUAAGGUGGAUAAUGAUGAAAAUGAGCACCAGUUAUCUUUAAGAACGGUCAGUUUAGGGGCUGGUGCAAAGGAUGAAUUGCACAUUGUUGAAGCAGAGGCAAUGAAUUACGAAGGCAGUCCAAUUAAAGUAACACUGGCAACUUUGAAAAUGUCUGUACAGCCAACGGUUUCCCUUGGGGGCUUUGAAAUAACACCACCAGUGGUCUUAAGGUUGAAGUGUGGUUCAGGGCCAGUGCAUAUUAGUGGACAGCACUUAGUAGCUGUGGAGGAAGAUGCAGAGUCAGAAGAUGAAGAGGAGGAGGAUGUGAAACUCUUAAGUAUAUCUGGAAAGCGGUCUGCCCCUGGAGGUGGUAGCAAGGUUCCACAGAAAAAAGUAAAACUUGCUGCUGAUGAAGAUGAUGACGAUGAUGAUGAAGAGGAUGAUGAUGAAGAUGAUGAUGAUGAUGAUUUUGAUGAUGAGGAAGCUGAAGAAAAAGCGCCAGUGAAGAAAUCUAUACGAGAUACUCCAGCCAAAAAUGCACAAAAGUCAAAUCAGAAUGGAAAAGACUCAAAACCAUCAUCAACACCAAGAUCAAAAGGACAAGAAUCCUUCAAAAAACAGGAAAAAACUCCUAAAACACCAAAAGGACCUAGUUCUGUAGAAGACAUUAAAGCAAAAAUGCAAGCAAGUAUAGAAAAAGCUCAUUGAACAGUCCUGGGCACUACAUGUAAAUUAAGCCCAAAGAUGGGGAGAAAGGAAAAGGAGAGACAAAUAUAGUCCAUACUGAGUGUCAUCAACAAUCCAGACUGAAGUCUUCUAUUUUAAUCUCAGUCCCCUUUUCUGAUUUGCCACCCAUGCCUCUUCAGGCUGGAAACAAUCUCUUGGUUCCCUAAAGCACUUUCUUCUGACUGCUGUGAUUCAGUGAACCUUGCCCUUUGCUUUCUAUUACUUGUGCAUUUGCCUCACCUGACAAUGUUUUAAAUCGCCUUUGUAUCUCCUUAGCUGCUCAAUAAAUAUUUGAAUGAAUCAAUUACAAAAAAAAAAA